GCGCUGCGAAACACAGGAACACAGCCCAAAAUUUUGAAGCGGGGGGAAAAAGACCAGAACCCGAACUGCCGAUGACUCUACCAACCGUUAAUUAACAGCCGUCACUCACGCCCAUUAACAACUCCACUCCCCCCUCCCCUCCCUCCCUCAUCAGAGAAACAAAGAGAGAGAAACUACAAGAGAGAGAAAAAAGAAAAGAUUCUUGAAAUUCUGCAAACGGAAACUCCAUUCGCGAAACCGUGGGUUUUUUCUCGAAAAGGGUUUUUGUGGGUUUCUUCAUCGUUUGAUCGAACAACAGUUUCUUUGGGGGGAGAUGGCCGAUUUCAGUGGGCUGGAGGAAAACGACUACGUUUCGUUGAAAAAUCUGAAGGUCGAAUUUCGAAGAAACGAUGAAGGUGAAGACGGCACUUUUGCUCUUUGUUUCUGGAUUUACAUUCACACCUGUGCUUCUUUCCCUUCUGACAUUCUCGUACAGAAGCAACCAGAUGUGGCAUCUAGUGUGCCUUUCCUUCGAUUGGAUGAGAAGAAGAAAAUGAAGCUGUUUCCGUUGCUGUUUCUACACGAAGAUGCUCCGAAUCCCGAUAACUAUGUACCAUGGGCUGGAAUUCCGUGUGCUUCAACGGAGAUCGAGUUUCCUCUGAAGAAAUGGGUUCAUGUUGGAUGUGAGGUAUUGAGGGAUGUCGUGAGGCUUAAUAUUGAUGGUGAAAUCGUGGGAGAGAAGAGUUUGAUUUGCUCGGUCAACAAGGAUUUGCAUGCGGAGGCUCUGAAAAGAUUAUAUUUAGAAUGUCCCUUCGAAAACGAGAAUAUGCUUCACGGUUAUGUUCAUCAACUUGAUGUCCUUUUCGCAACGUCGGCUGUCAAAAAUCACUACGCCAAGGAUCCUCCAGUGCAACUAUUGAUCGAUCAUUCAAGUACUUCCGAGAUCGAAGAAGAAUGUGAUGGUGUGUGGAGCAUUGUCGGUGGCAAGGCAUCUUGUCGGAGGAGUUUUUCACUGGAUGUGACAUUAUUGAAUGCUUUUGGUCGUCCGGUGAACAAAGAAUUCGAGGUUGUGGCUUCACUCUUAUAUGCUGACAAUGCGGCCUUUGUCGAGAACACUGGUGAUUUUGAAUCUCCUCUUCUUAUGAUUUGCGACGGAGUUGAAUACGGUUCUCAUGAUCGACCAUGUAAAAUAAUCAACGGUCAGAUUUCGUUUAAGCUCAAGAUAUCUCAGCUUUCGUCGAAAUGCGAUAACAGGCUGUUUGUGAUUAGAUUUGAGAUGCCGAAUUUGGGAAGAUAUCCUUUCUUUGAGGCAGUUUCGCUUCCGAUUCGUUGUGUUUCACGUAGUAAGACUGUGAGGAAGUUGUCAAAUCCUAACUGCGAGGAUGGAUCCGCGGGAUUAAUUCCCAGUUUAGCCAAACCUAAUCCUUCGUCGAAGAGGAUUAAAUUAGGGCACGAUAUUCCGUUCUCAAUGUCGAAACAAGCUAACAACAAACCACACAAUUCUCGUGCUUGGACUAGUAAUAAGGAGAAGAAUCACGGGAUGAGUAUGAGCAGGAGAGUGGAAAACGGUUAUGGAGCAGAGAACAAUAACUCGUCUGGUUCGGAUAAUAGCGAGGCAACAAACUCUGACCCGAAAAGCAUGCUAGGAAUUUCUAAUCCGAUUCCGGAUUUGAUAAUUUUUAAGUAUUGCAUGGGUGGUCCCGCGGAGAGAUGUCAACUCCUCAAGGAGAUUGCUGUUUCAGCUAGUGAAGUUCAAAUAGCACACUUUGCCAAGCAGGUUUCUCUGUUCUCUGGAUGCUCCCAUCACCAGCAUCAAAUAAAAAUAGCACAGAAAUUGGUGAAGGAGGGAAUAGAAGCUUGGACUUCAGUAUCCGAAAACAACAACCACGUUUCGUGGGACAAUUUGGUCUUCACUAUUAAUCAACACUUCAUCAAGAUAGUCAACACUCCUCGUUCUUUGACCAACCAGGAUUUCGAGUGUCUCCGGAGAAUAGGCGGGUGUCGAGACACGGUUUCCCAAGAAGAGUUCGAGAGAAUAUGGUCUUGGUUAUAUCCGGUGGCUUUCACUUUAUCACAGAGCGCAGUCAACGAGAUGUGGAACUCAGUAUCACCCGUUUGGAUCGAAGGAUUAAUCACUAAAGAAGAAGCUGAAUCUAUUAUACUUCAACAAUGCCCCGGAACAUUUGUUCUUCGAUUCCCUACAUCAAGAAGCUGGCCCCACCCAGAUGCCGGCAAUCUCGUCGUCACUUAUGUCGGCACCCACUCCACCAUUCACCACAGGCUGCUCUCUUUCGAUUUCAUUAACGGUUCUUCGUCCAAGAAAACUGCUGUAAAGCCGCCACUACAGGAUUUGCUGCUUCAAGAGCCUGAGCUUUCUCGAUUAGGAAGGAUGGUAAGAAGUCACUAACUAGGGUUACUCGAGUUCAGUUGUACAUAGUUGUUAUCUGUCGGUUAUAUGGCUUAACCCUCGGGGUUUUUGUUUUGCUACCGAUUUCUAUAGAGCGUGUAAAAUCGAAUGUGCUACGCCUACUACUUGACUUUAUUUAUAGUUGGAGAGAUUUUGCAGUGGCAUUAUCAAUUAUAUUGUUUCAUGAUACUAUUUGCUCUAUGAUACGGUUUACUCAA